ACACACACACACACACACACACUGCAGAGGAGUAUAAAAGCCUUGGGCGGAGGGGAAGGAGCACUCCAAACCCAUCCCUCCUCCUCUGCUCCUCUCCUGAAAAUCCUCCCCACCCACCCACCCACCAUGUGCCACACCAGCUGCUCCGCUGGCUGCCAGCCCACCUGCUCCGUGCCCGUGUGCUGCAAGCCCGUCUGCUGUGUGCGUCCUUGCUGCUGCCCGGCCUCCUGUGUGGCCCUGCUGUGCCGCCCAGCGUGCCCUGUGGUGACCAGCUGCCAGGCAGUCUGUGGAGCUGGCAGUUGCUCCCCCUGCUGCUGUGUGUCCAGCCCCUGCCAGUCCAGCUGCUGCCAGGCUAGUCCCUGCAGCCCCUCUUGCUGCGUGUCCAGCCCCUGCCAGUCUGCCUGCUGCGUGCCAGUCUGCUGCAAACCCGCCGUGUGUGUGCCCGUGUGCUGCGAGCCUGUGGUCUGUGGGGUCCUCUCCUGUCAGACCUCGUGCUGCCAGCCAGCCUCCUGCACCUCCCUGCUCUGUGGACCCUCCUGUGCCCCCUCCUGCUGCUCCAGCCCCUCCCUGCGUCAGGCACCCGGCCCCUCGCUGACACCCGUUUCCCAGUCUUUGCUGCCCAAGGCGCCCCAUCCAGCUGCUCCCAGCAUGGCAGACACCUGUUUCUCCGGGCCCUGUGUUCCCACGGCCUCGGCCGUCUCGGUCUGCUCCAGUGACGUGAGCUGCGGCAGCAACCGAGUCUACCUGCCCAGUUCUUGCACCGGCUCUUCCUGGCAGCUGGACGACUGCCCAGAGAGCUGUUGUGAACCCAGCUGCUGCGGCCCCCCCUGCUGCCCAGCCCCAUGCUGCCCAGCCCCGUGCUGCACGCCGGCCUCCUGCCUGACCCUCGUGUGCCGGCCUGUCUGCUGCGUGCCCGCCACCUGCCAGGCAGCGUGUGAACCCGGCCCCUGCCAGGCUGUCUGCACCUCCUGCUGCUCGCCAUCCUGCUGCCAGCAGUCUUGCUGCCAGCCCACUGGCUGCGGAUCUUCUUGUUGCCAGCAGUCCUGCUGCCAAGCCCCUUGCUGCGCUGCCUCUCCCUGCACGGUGCAGUCCUGCUGCUGCGUCCCCGUGUGCUGCAAGCCCAGCUGCUGCAUCGCCCUGCCUGUGUGCUGCAAGCCCAGCUGCUGUGUGACCACAGCCUGUUGCCCCGCCUCCUGCUGCUGCCAGCCCAGCUGCUGCCGCCCGGCCUCCUGCGUGUCCCUCGUCUGCCGGCCCGUGUGCAGCCCGGCUUCCUGCUGUGUGCCCGUCUCCUGCAAACCCUCUUGCUGCGCCCCCACGUCCUCCUGCUCUUGCUGCUGCGCCCCCUCCUGCUGUCCCGCCAGCACCUGCUGCCGCCCGGCCUCCUGCGUGUCCCUCGUCUGCCGGCCCACCUGCUGCAAACCCGCCUGCUGCGCUCCCAGCUGCGGCCAGAAAUCUUGCUGCUGACCACAGGCUGCUGCUCUCUGUCCCCCCGCCUGACGCCCCCUGUCUGUCCCCCGCCCCGGGCACCACUUCUGCUGGUCUCCGGGAUCCCUCCCCGAGCAUCAGCCUCAGUAACUGACCGGCCACCACCCGCCACCUUGCCUUGCAGAGACCUCGGAGAUACCAAGGUGCAGCAAACAGCUCCGCCAUCACAACCCAUGUGGGUCUCUUCCAAACCAUGGCUGCCCUCAGCCCCGGCCCCUGCGUGGCGUGCACCCGGGCCCACUGCUUGCAGCCCCCUGGCAGGCUCUCUCUCAGCUCAUGCCUGUAACCGGGCCCUCUGCUUGCAGCCCCCUGGCAGGCUCUCUCUCAGCUCAUGCCUGUAACCGGGCCCACUGCUUGCAGCCCCCUGGCAGGCUCUCUCUCAGCUCAUGCCUGUAACCGGGCCCUCUGCUUGCAACCCCCAAGCAGGCUCUCUCUAAUAUCAAAGUGCUCAGGGAUGGCUUUGGCCAUAGGCUGUCCUACUAAUA